AUGUCAACGUCCGAGCCAAAUCUCGAGGAAGAAAUUCCGGAGAAUGAACCGACUUGGAAAAAGCCAAAGCUCGAGGAAGAACCUCCGGAGGAUGAACCGACUUGGACCGAGACAGUUCUCGUGGAGGGAAUUCCGGAGGAUGGACCGACAUGGACCGAGACAGUUCUUGUGGAAGGAAUUCCGGAGGAUGAACCGACGUGGACCGAGACAGCUCUCGUGGAAGAAUUUCCGGAGGACGAACCAACUUGGACCGAGACAAUACUCUUGGAGGAAGUUCCGGAGGAUGAAGCAGCCUGGAUCAGGUCAAAUUACGUGGAAGUAAUUCCGGAAGAUGAACCGACUUGGGAGGAGGCAGUUCUCGUAGGAGGAAUCCCGGAGGCUGAAUGGACUUGGACCGAGUCAAAUAUCGAGGGAGGAAUUCCGGAGGAUGAACCGACUUGGGCCGAGGCAAAUCUCGUGGAGGAAAACUGGGAGGAUGAACCUACCUGGACCUGCUACCUUUGUGACAAUGUGUUUCCGAUGACUGUCAAUAUCUUGGAUCACGCGAUGCAGUGCCUCAUGGAACAGUAUGAAGAAUGUGAACUGUGCAAUAGUUACGAUUCGCUGACCGAGAAACUCGACCACGUGUAA